AUGAGUGGGAACAUUGUAAAUCAAACUAAGCUACCAUUCAAACCUGCAUCGUUAAAAGCAGCGGAGCAGGAAGCUAGUUUGGCGUUAUAUGUAGCUCAGCAUAGCUCCAUUGCGCCUGUGGACCAUUUAAGUGAAAUGUGCAAAAAAAAAUUUAGUGAUGCGAUUGAGAUACGGCUGCAUAGAACGAAGUGUACAAAUAUUAUAAAAAAUGUGUUGGCUCCGCACUUUUUUGAAGAAUUAAGGACGGACAUCGGCGAUUCCAAGUUUAGUUUGUUACUGGACGAAUCCACUGACAUUAGUGUAACAAAACUUCUCGGCAUUGUCAUCAUCUACUUCAGUAAAACGCAUAACCGAAUUAUAUCUACGUUUCUAUCACUAGCAGAACUGGAAAAUGCAGAUUCUGGUGGUAUAGUGGACUGUCUGAAAAAAGAAUUAAAAAAGCUUAAACUAAAUAUUAAUAAACUUAUCGGAAUUGGUACAGACAACGCCAACGUCAUGCGGAAAAAUAAUAACAAGAAUAUCAAGAGGGAAAAUAACAGCAGCAGUAACAUGAAAACAACUGCAACGGAAACUAAAGUAGAAGCCGAAUGCUAUGCGAAUGCCAUCAAAAGCAAUGCAUCAACAGCAACAGCGAUUGUUAUUGAACAAUGGGCGAUAUGCAAAUGA